CCCUAGGGGAUUCCUGAGCCGGGGAAACCGACCAGAGGGCAGAGCUCCGGCUGAGCGGCGGACGCGUAGGCAGAGCUCGCAGAGACCUGGCGGGCUAAGCAGGAGGCAUGGGCCGGGCCGCACCCUUAGCGUUGCCGCUGGUGCUGCUGUCGCCGCUGUCGCUGUUCUGGGCACCCCCGGGAGCCGGAGCCCAGGGUGUCCACGUGGAGGCGCCUGCUCAGGUGCUCGGCUUCCUGGACGCCAACAUCACGCUGCCGUGUCACCUGCAGUCGCUGGCGCGCGGCAUGCAAGUGGUGCAGGUGUUGUGGCUGCUGGAGGACACCCACGAAAGUGUGGCCAUGUUUCACCCCAUGAAAAACCCCAGCUUCUCUGACCCCGCGAGGAUGGAGUUCGUGGCCACCAGGCGAGGCCCAGGGUUGCAGGACGGGUCGCUGGUGGUGCGGUCGCUCCGUGCCAACGAUGAGGCCAACUACACGUGUGAGUUCGUCACGUUCCCGCAGGGGAGCGGGAAGGCCAGCACGUCGCUCCGGGUGCUCGCUAAACCCCAGAACCAGCCAGAGGUCCUGGAGACGCACGUCCAGCUCAACCCAGAGCCCGUGCCAGUGGCCCGCUGUGUCUCCACCGGGGGCCGCCCGCCUGCCCACAUCUCCUGGUCCUCACCUCUGGACUGGAAGGCCAAUAUGAGCCAGGAGCCAGGGCCCCUGCCUGGCACGGUGAACGUCAUCAGUCACUUGAUAUUGGUGCCCUCAAGCCAGAUAGAUGGCAAGAAGGUCACCUGCAAGGUAGAGCAUGAGAGCUUCAAGGAGCCAGAGCUGCUGAAUGUGACCCUCACUGUGCAUUACCCCCCUGAGGUCUCCAUCUCCGGGUACAAUGACAGCUGGUACCUCGGCCUCAAUAAUGUCAACCUGAGCUGUGACGCACGCAGCAACCCAAAACCCACAGCAUAUAUGUGGAACACGACUAUGGGCCGCCUGCCUCCCUCUGCUGUGCCCCAGGGCCACCAGCUCCUGAUCCAUACUGUGGACGAGUCAAUCAACACGACUUUUAUCUGCAGUGUCUCCAACGCCAUAGAGACUGGCCAAGCAGAGCUGACUGUCCUGGUCAGAGACAGACCUCCUGGGGAACAGUCACACCUAGGCAUAAAGGCUUCGAGGAUCACUGCCCUGGUUUUGGCACUCCUGCUUCCGGUGGCACUCUUGCUUUAUUUCCUGGUGUUUAAAAGGAAGUGCCUGGAUGUCACAGCCUGUACUAACACGAAUGCCAGGGUGCUCUCCCUAGGACCCGCUGACAGAUGGCACGAGGUGACAGCAUCAGGGCUGAAUGGAGAGAGAGAAUGGAGCUGGCAAGGACCUGGCCUCAAUGGCCGGACCCAAGACCCUCUCCAUGGCCACCAUCUCCAUGACAGGCCUUGAGAAUGUCCCUUCAGAGAUCCAAGAUCCCCACCACAAAUCACACUGAUACCAUGGACCACUGGAAAUGCCCAAAGCCUCCAGGCAAACAAAGACACUCGCAUUGGGCAGAAUAUUCCAGGCUUAGAGAUCCCCGCCCAGGAGCCAAAGAGCCCAAUCUUUCUUUGAACAAGAUUAAUCUUUUAUUGCACACCGAGCCACACAGACCAUUCCGGCUGCUAGAGAAUUUUUGUAAGAACUUGGACUCUGGCCUGGAGCUGCCAAAUCUCUACUAUCACUUGAAUCUCUGUGGUUACAAGAAACAAUAGCUGGUGCUUGUUACUGGAAGACAUCGAGGGCCUGGAACUGGGCACCCAAGCAGCCGCCUGGGGCCGUCCACGGAGCAGGAACUGAUACACGUGAACUUGGAGAUUGUCACUGAGCUCAGUCAUCUCCAGGCACCAUCCUGCCAAGAAUCAGGCCCCUGGAGACUGUCUGCAGCCAGGGUGCUGGGAUUCAUUAACCCACCAAGGAAGGAGCCCUGGUGGUACAGUGGUUAAAGCUUUCAGCUGCUAACUGAAAAGUCAGCGUGGUUCGCACCCACCAGCCACUCCACAGAAGAAAGAUGUGACAGUCUGCUUCCGAGGAUUCUUUAUUGCAGCCUAGGAAACCCUAUGGGGCAGUUCUACCCUGUCCUAUAGGGUCACGAUGAGUCGGAAUCAUCAACUCGAUGGCAAUGUUUUUUUUUGUUUUGUUUCGUUUUAACCCACCAAGGAAAGCAAGAUGCCAUUAUCAAAACAGUGGGAAAGGGAUACUGAGCAAGCAGGAACACCAGCUGCAUGGGACCCAUAUCCCUUUGUCAAAAAUCUAAAUGCGCAGAGAAACACCAAAAAUUAGUGUAACAGAAUAUCUUUAUUGUGAGUAGAUAUGAUUCGAAUCCAGCUGCGUCAAAACCAAAUUCGGAAAGGCGCUCUGCUCCAAAGGAGGGACAGUGAGAGGGGAUUCUCUAGGUCGUUGUUACGUUAAUUUCUCAGGACAUGGGAACACGUGCAGGGUCCCAGGCAGGUAUAGAAACGGAGUCACUAAGGACAUGCCAUACACUUCCCAGUCAGACCCAGGGUUCCUGCCCCUCAAAACUGGCUGCACUUAGAUAAUUCUCCAAAAGAGCCUCAUGCCUAAGGCAAAACAGUCUCUACUAAGCUGCCUACUAGGCUAGUGUUUGACAUGAAGGUGACUUUAUGAAAACAGUUCCUUAAAGGCUUAAGGCUCAGAAGGACACCAAAGGGCAGAUGGCCUGGGUGGGUCUCCUGGAUUCCAGGAGAAUGAAAACAGCUUGUCACCUUGGUCCAAGGGGGAUGUGGUCCACAACCCAGGAGCAGAGCAGUUCAGAUGGAACUGGUGUGUUUACUUAGACAAAGGAAAGGUUUCUGACCUUGAUGAGAGGACUGUUUGAGAAAAUACCUUAAGAGAGCUAAGAUCUUGGGCCAGGUUCAUAAAUGGAAAAAAGGCUUAAGCUGGCCUGUGGGAGGGAACAAGAAGGGAUACAAUAGUGUGGAACACAGGAGGGAGGGGAAAGACAGGAGCCAGCAGGAUAGCGGGGGUGGGGAACGCAGGGUGACAGGCCAGCGGGCCCCACAGUGUCAGCGAGACACACACAGGGACUUCUGGGGACAUGGAUGUCUCAUGCCCAGUGGGAGUUGUUUCAUUGCGACACUAAACCCUUGUCCGUCCCCAAACUCCAACACCUCAGUAACCAAACCCAAACCCUCUGCCACUGGGUUGAUUCCGACUCAUAGUGACCCUACAGGUCAGAGUAGGGAGUUGUAGAAGUAGGACUGCCCCCAUAUAAUUUCCAAGGCUAUAAUCAUCACAGAAGCAGACUGUCACAUCUUCCUCCCGCAGAGCAGCUGGUAGGUUCGAACUGCCGACCUUUCGUCUAGCAGCCGAGAGCUUUAACCACUGUACCACCAGGGCUCCUGUAACACCUCUCAUUAAAGCCUAUUUAUUACACCUCAGGUGGCUGUGUGGAAAGGGGCUUUGUGGGCACCGAGGAGGGCUGAGAUUCGUGUGGGCUGCCAAGGGGUGGAACAGAAUCAGGAUGUGUAGAAGUGGGACCCCGACUCAAGAAAGCCAAAGAUACUAGUCCGCAAAAUUCUCAGACACCAUCUGAAAAUGAGGAGAGCUUGUCUUUUUUUAUUUUUUUGUGUUUAAUAUUUAUGAGGUGAGACAUCCCUGACUCACAGCGACCCCACGCACAACGGAACAAAACGCUGCCCAGACAUGAACCAUCCCCCUGAUCAGUUGUGAGUCAGACCAUUGUGAUCCAGAGGGUUUUCCUUGGUUGAUUUUCAGAAGUAGAUCACCUGGCCUUUCUUCCUAGUCCACCUUAGUCUGGAAGCUCCGCUGAAGCCUGUUCAGCACCCUGUCAACACGCAAGCCCCCGCUGGCAGACGGGUGGUGGCUGCACACGCGGUAUGUUGAGCAGAAGUCAAGUCAGGGUCUCCCACAUGAAAGGCAGAAUUCUAACAUAUAAACGUCCGCAAAUCAAGUUAUCAGAAAAUAUCAGAGAAAAGCAUCUUUUGCACUCUGUUAGUUUUCUGUUGAAGUAACAGGUUACCACAAACAGUCGCUUAAAACAGAAAAAAAACAAUGAAGAUUUAUUCCCUUGAACGGUCACGCUUCACGUAACGUCCGUUUGGGCAACAUCUAACCGCAUAUAUAUCUGAGGUCCCAUAAGCUUAUAACAGGGUUCAGAAAUCCCUAUCAGAGAACAGGACGUAGCAGAUUUAAGCAUGUCACACUUGACAAUCACGACAGUCCUCAAAAACAAAGAAAAAACUCUCCCAGCUGUUAAAGGAUCGGCUUCAGUGAAAGCUGCAAGGCUAACAAAAAUCUGAGAGGGACCUAUAUCAGAUAGGAAGAAAUUGCUAAUGACACGGAUUGAGGACCAAACACAGACCGAAGACAAUCAUUGCUAAGGCACAAAGCUCGUUCGAGAUGCUUAAGGGAUAAGCAGGACCAGACUACGGUAUUGGGUUUAGUGCUAGCUCUGGGUGGUUCAACGCUUCAAACAACGUUUUUUGCUGCAUAAUGUGAAAAUGAGUGUUGAGCCUGAGAAUGCUUAUGCAAAGGAGGCAGAAGAACUUACUGAAAACUUAGAUAAACUAACUGUGGUAGAGGGAGGUUAUUUAUCCCAGCAAAUUUUUAAUAUGGAUGAAACCUCAUUCUGGAAAUGAAUGCCUGAAAGGAUCGCCAUCCAUCACAUGGCGUUCACAAACGCCCAAAUCACAUAACAUCCUAUUUCACAGGACGUGUUGUGGAUGUGGGAAACCCUGGUGGCGUAGUGUUUAAGUGCUACGGCCGCUAACCAAAGGGUCGGCAGUUUGAAUCCGUCAGGCGCUCCUUGGAAACUCUAUGGGGCAGUUCUACUCUGUCCUAUAGGGUUGCUAUGAGUCGGAAUCGACUUGACGGCACUGGGUUUCGUUUUUGGUUUUGGACUGUGGAUGUUAAGCAACGCAUGGCUGACAUUAUGGAGGUCAGAAAUCCAAAAUAAGUCUAAAAAAGAGUUGCCAUCGACUUGAUUCCAACUCAUAGCAACCCUGUAGGACAAAGUAGAACUGCCCCCAUAGGGUUUCCAAGGCUGUAACCCUUACAGAAGCAGACUGCCACAUCUUUCUCCUGCAAAUGAGACUUACAGGGAUAAAUCCGAGGUGUCAGCAGGGCUGGUUCCUCUGGAGGCUCUAGGGAAGAGUCUGCCCUUGCCUCUUGCAGCUUCUGGAAGCUGCUCAAAUACAUCGGUUCAU